CGAGCAGGCAGAGCACACAAACCAUUCCCCCCCAGCUCCUCACUUUUCGCCGUCGCCCUGCCCCCACAGACAUCCGACAGUCUCAUCAGCGUCUCCCCGCUUUAGGGUGGCCAAGGUCACCGGCUCCACCACAGCAAGGCGGCUGUAGCGGCCAUGGAGAGGCUGAACACGAAGCUGUACCUGCAGAACUGCUACAUCAUGAAGGAGAACGAGCGGCUGCGCAAGGCGGCCCUGCUGCUGAACCAGGAGAACCAGGCGCUGCUCUCCGAGCUCAAGCACCGCCUCGCCAAGUCCGCCGCCGGUGGCGGUGGCGGUGGCAGCAACAGCAACGCGGCAGCGGCGAGCCGCGCCUCGCCCAAGCCCGGCGCCGACGCCGACGCCGCUGCGCCGCCGUCUCAUCAUCAGGCCGGCGGCAUGCCUGCCCCCAAGCCCAAGCCCAAGUAGGCUGCGGCUGCGGCUGCAGUCCGUCGCACGGCUGCUGCUGCUGCUGUCGGAUAGUGGUGGCCUUCAUGGUGUUUGUUUUAGCGAUCACUUUAAUUAGCUCCGGAUGUUACUUAGUUUCAGGAAUGUUUGUCUAGUUUUAGUUGAUGGGCACUCAUGUGUGGCAAUGAUCUUGCGAUGAAUGGAUAACUAGCUAGAUGGAUCGAUCGGUCGAUCGUCGGGGGGUAUAGAGAGGUGUGCGUUUCUGAACUCUGAUGAGAGCGGAGCUUCUUCAGUCUUCGAUUCGCAAAUGGUUUGAGGAGAGUGGCUUCCUCUGAAAUUCCUUUGUCAUCCUGCAAUCUCUUGUCGGUACA